CACCUUUUCCACACCACCAAACAAAAAUUAUGAUAGUGAAGUUUAUCAAAGUAUCGCCUACAAAACGCAAGGUACACAUGAUAAUGUAUAAUCGAAUACUUUGAUUCAUUCUUGCCUGGACUGAAUUGUUUCGAUUGCAUACAAUCACGCAAUUCGUCCAUCUGGAUUCGUCGGAGAUCGUCAUCUGUUUGACAAUUGGUUUUUUUAAUUAUCUGUUGUUGCGUUUGUGAUUUUGCCGGUGAGGUGGAGUGAAGUCCGGGAGAGAGAGCAGAGGCGGUUAUCUUCGUCGGAAAUUAAAUGCGGCGGGAGAGUAUUCUGGCGGUGGUGGUGUUUUUGGUGGCGGCGACGGCGGAUGGGGAAGGGAGAAACGUGGUGCUGAGCCUGGAGCGGGCGAGUCAUGGUGGAGUGGAGCUGAGUCGACUCAGAGAGCGCGACCGAGUUCGACACGGUCGGUUACUGCAGCAGCAGCAGCAGCCAUUCGGAGUAGUUAAUUUCCCCGUUCAAGGAACCUUCGAUCCUUAUCUUGUUGGGUUAUACUUCACGAGGGUUAAACUGGGGACACCUCCGAAGGAAUUCUACGUACAAAUCGACACAGGGAGUGAUGUUCUGUGGGUGAGCUGCAAGCCCUGUUCAGGCUGCCCAACCUCCACCGGCCUCCAGAUUCAUCUCGAGUUCUUCGAUCCUUCCGGCUCAUCAACAGUGUCCCCGAUUUCAUGCUCUGAUCAACGAUGCUCGUUGGGUGCACAAUCCUCGGAUUCUUUGUGCUCGAGCAGAAAUAAUCAAUGUGGUUACACAUUCCAGUACGGCGAUGGCAGCGGGACUUCUGGCUAUUACCUAUCGGACUCCAUGUACUUCGACUCAGUUGUCGGGAGCUCGUCCACUUCAAAUUCUUCUGCACAGGUUGUUUUUGGCUGUAGCACGACGCAGACGGGAGACCUCACCAAGCCUGAUAGGGCGGUGGACGGCAUAUUUGGAUUGGGUAAACAGGGCUUAUCCAUCAUUUCACAACUUUCAUCUCAGGGCGUCACGCCGAAUGCAUUCUCUCACUGCCUCAAGGGAGAAAACGGCGGUGGGAUCUUGGUUCUUGGCCAGAUCGUCGAACCUAACAUCGUCUACACUCCUAUGGUACCAUCGCAGCCUCAUUAUAAUGUGAAUCUACAGAGCAUCUCCGUAAAUGGGCAACAAUUGCCUAUAGAUCCAUCUGUAUUCGUAACAUCAGACAAUCGAGGCACAAUCAUCGACUCAGGAACAACAUUGGCCUACCUUGCGGAAGAGGCUUACGAUCCUUUUGUUAAUGCAAUUAUGCAGACCAUUUCACAAUCGGUCCGGCCACUCUUUAACAAGGGAAAUCAGUGUUAUCUUACAACCUCCAGUGUCGCCGAGAUUUUUCCUUCAGUCAGCUUGAACUUUGCUGGCGGGGCAUCAAUGGAGUUGAAGCCUCAGGACUACCUCUUGCAACAGAACUCUAUUGGUGGUGCCGCGGUUUGGUGCAUUGCCUUUCAGAAAAUUCCGAGUCAAGGAAUCACAAUUCUCGGAGAUCUUGUCUUGAAAGAUAAAAUAAUCGUUUAUGACUUGGGCGGACAACGGAUUGGAUGGACCAACUACGAUUGCGCUUCCUCGGUUAAUGUCUCCUUAAGCAACACCGGAACAACUGAAUACGUGAACACGGGACAACUUCGAAACGAUGCUUCGAGACCCUAUGAACAGAACAAUGUAUUGGCAGCAGCUGUAGCUGUGAGUUUCUUGUUGCAAAUAUGUGUUUUUCCAUUUUUAUGACAUUUAUUUGACAUUUCUAUUAUUUUUUUUCUUGAUAACGUGGAAUCCGCAGUCGCUCUUAUUCGAGAAAUUACUCUCAUCUUAGUUGUGUAAAAUGAUUUCAUGAAAAAGUAAAUGUGUUCUGUACAGGGAAA